AUGUCGACGCUGGGGACGGGUUACUGCGUGGAGAGGCGCGUCCCGGCCGAGCAGGACGCCAUGGCACCGAGCUACUCGGCCGCAGCCGCAGAGAUGGAGCAGGCGGGGCACGCGAUGCUCGCCGAAUAUGGCGGACAGGAAUCCUGUCCCCUGCAGGCGAAAUCCUCGAUUUUCGCUGGAUCCUGGACCCCCAUCCCGGCGCACCCGCCCAGCACGGCGAUCCCCACCUACAUGCAGCACCAUUACACCACCGCGGACGCGGACGGGAUGUUUACGCGCACUUGGGCGCUGGACCCGGUGUCCGCGUCCUUGUGUCUGACGGGACUGCCGUCCGCGGCCAUGCACUAUGACAUCAAAUCCGAGCCUCUGGUCGGGAGCGGGGACUGUACGACUUUGGAGACGCACGCGGGUCUGCUGUGUGACCCGGAGAGCAGGACGUGCCUGUCGGACGCGGCGGGCGACGCCGCCGCCUCCGCCGCCGCCGCCUCCCCCGGCGAGGCCGACGAGGAGAGCAAACCGGCCGAGGAGAGGAGGCGAGCGGACGCAAACAACCCGUCCUCCAGCUGGCUUCACGCCAAGUCGACCAGGAAGAAGCGCUGCCCCUACACCAAGCACCAGAUCCUGGAGCUGGAGAAGGAGUUCCUCUUCAACAUGUACCUGCCCCGCGACCGCAGGUACGAGGUGGCCCGGCUGCUGAGCCUGACGGAGAGGCAGGUGAAGAUCUGGUUCCAGAACCGCAGGAUGAAGAUGAAGAAGGGCAACAAAGAGCGGCGGAGGGACAGCUAGCCACGCCGCCCGUCUGGAUUUUCUGAGGAGGAGGAGGAGGAGGAGGAGGAGGAGGACGAACCCCGAACCGGCCGGCGGCUCCUUCCUCCGCCUCACCUCGUCCACGUGUAUGUAGUGAAGCUGUGCUGUGCUGACAUUGGCUGGUCGUUUUCUCUCGUCGCUGCCCCCUCGGCCCUGCGGAGGGGAGGUCGCCUGGGGGGGGAGGGGGGUCUCGCCAGGAUGUAGACGUGCCCGCGGUAGCCCGCUCCUUUUGUCCGUUGCAUGCAGUUGAGUUGAUUUGUCGGUGAUUGUCCAAUGCCUUGACUACCUGAAUGUCCUUUAACUACCUAUUUUGCAUAAUGUUAAGUUAUUGUUGUUGGGUUUUGUUUUGUUGUUUUUUUUUUUUUGCCAAUUGUUUUGAAUCGCAAGGUCAUGUUGCAUUUGUGAAAACGGAACACUGUGCACACUUAAAAUACCUCCUGGUCAAGUCUUACAAGAAUAAAAAGUAGUUUGUAUAGCA